UGAACUGAAAAAUAGAUUCUUGUUCAUUAAAAUGUCAUUUAAAAAUAGUUUACAUCAUUUUUGCUAGUUUUCAAAUCAUCGAUUAGUGAUUAAAGUGAUAAACCUAAAGUUUUGCUGAGGGAAAUUUGUGCAAUUGGAUUUUCGCGCAGUGGUGGAAAGGGUCAGGUAUAUCUGUUUUUCACCCGCUUAGUCGCUAGAAAUUUUCACCGAUCGUCUUCAAAUUUAUCUUACCGGAGAGCAAAGGAUAAAAAUAAAACAUGAACAAGGAAGCGGCAGAGGAUUGCGUGGAGAGGGCUACAGUGUAUUUAUCGGAGGGUAAAAUUGAAAAGGCAGAAAAGCUGCUAAACAAGUCACUAACGCUUCAUCGUACGAAACAGGCUGAAGAGCUCUUGGAGAAAAUUAAAUGUGGAGCUUACACCAAGCGGACAUCCGGAAAUACUUCUGAUAGUGAUGGGGUCAGACAGAGAACAACUGCUGGUCAAAGCACGAAGGCAGAGUCUGCCAGCGAAGCUGAUUACACAUCUGACCAGCUGGAGGCUGUCAAAAGAAUCAAAAAGUGUAAAGAUUACUAUGAAGUGUUAGGUAUUUCAAAGGAAGCCACCGAUACGGAUAUCAAAAAAGCGUACAAGAAACUGGCCCUGCAGCUGCACCCGGAUAAAAACAAAGCUCCCGGUGCAGUUGAAGCAUUCAAGGCGAUCGGCAAUGCCGUUGCUAUAUUAACCGAUGCCGAGAAGCGAAAGUCGUACGACUUGUAUGGUUCGGAAGAACAGCACCAACCGUCGGCCCGUCGUACCCGCGCCCAAUAUGAGUAUGGAUAUUCGCGAGGUUUCGAAACAGAGUUCACGGCGGAGGAGUUGUUCAACAUGUUUUUCGGUGGUAAUAUUCCUACGCAGCAUGUCUAUAUGCGGCAGAGGCGAUUUCAUCGGGCCGAGCACCAGCAGCAACAGUAUCGCGAGCCUCAGUCCGGUUAUGCGGCAUUUAUCAACUUGCUGCCAAUUAUUCUGCUGAUCGGUCUUUCGAUGAUGUCAUCUUUCUUCAUAUCGGACCCAAUUUAUAGCUUAACGCCAAGUCAGAAAUUUUCGGUCGCCCGUAAGACAAACCAGUUGAAAAUUCCUUACUACGUCAAGGAUAACUUCCACUCAGAAUAUCAGGGAUCAGUAGGACGACUCGAGGCUUCGGUGGAGGAAGAGUAUCUCAAUAACCUCAAGCAUUCGUGCUAUCGAGAACGGAACUACAAAGAAACUAUGUUGAUGAAAGCACGCAACUUCGGCGACCGAGAUCUAUAUCUCAAAGCGCAGAACAUCAACACACCCUCCUGUGACAAGUUGCACAGUUUACAUAACUAGUCAAUCCGCGGUAUAGUUUUCGAAGAGCUCUGUUUCGCAAAAGGCAGGAUAUUUUAGGUGGGAUUAAAGGCAUGCUUUCCCUAGACGAUUUUAGACUUAAGACAGUAUUUCUGUUUUGGAAUGUACCCAGUCUUAGCGAAAUGGCAUUUAAACAAAACUAAAUUGCUCCUAGAUGGAAAAGUGUUUAGCGAAAUAUUCGGCGAUGUGCCGGUUCACUGCGAACCGAUUUUGUAUUUUUGGGUAUGUUUUUUCUUUCAUAUUGUAUAGUAAACCAUUCGUUUCCAUAGCGUACGGAAACUAAACAGUUCCGUGUUUCGAUUAAGAUUACCCAAACACAGAAAAAACUAAAUGAUAGCGAGUUCGUUUAUUCGAUCCGGGUUGGAACUGGAUGAAUUUUAGCUGUCAGAUAGGAGCGAAUGAAUACAAAAAAUUUAUCCUGUUCCAACCCGGAUCGAAUAAACGAACUCGCUUCGAGAUUCGAGAUAAGAUUUCUGUUGAUUUUUUUCCUGAUUGUGAUUUGCUGACGCGUCAGAUUGUUAUCUUGAAAUUAUACGAUUAA